UUGCUCGAGAAGGAUAUGACGAUAGCCUCCGCGCUCCGCCCACUCAGUCACGUGGGCGCUGGGCGCGGCUCGGCGGGGAAGAUGUCGGCGCCGCGGGAGCCGGGCCGGGACUCGGAGGCCGCGUUCGCGAAACGGAUUGACCCGGCGCGGGAGCCGGAGCUGAGCGCGGAGCAGCGGCGCGUCAUGCAGCGCGCGGAGGAGGCGCUGCGCCGGCGGGGCCUGCAGCGGCGGCUCCGGGGCCGCAACCUGCUGACGGGGCUCGGCAUCGGCGCGGUGGCGUUGGGCAUCUAUGGUUUCACCUUCUACAAGAUCUCCCAGGAGCGAUUCCUGGACGAGCUGGAGCAGGAGGUUGAGGCUGCCCGGGCCCAGGCUGCCAAGACCCCAGUGAACUGAGACCCUGAGCAGGCCGGAUCCAGCUGGAACUGACGCACGUGCCAGAGACCCUCAGCUGCCCCAUUCCUCUUGGGUUGCAUCUGCCUUUGACAUGCCAGGCACUCCCCAUGGUGAGCCGAGUCCCCCUCGGUGGAAGGGGGGGCUCCUCUCCCCUGUGCCCAGUGGGGACCAGGCUCCCGCCACCUCCAGUUAAACUUUCUCGCUGCAGUUGCAGACUGUGGUGCAACAGCAACAGCUUUGUUUCCUGAUGGGCUCUUCUGCUAUUCACCCCCUGCAGCAGAUGGGCCAGGGCCUCAAUAAACCUGUCUAAAUGAUUCACCAGAGUGGGCAUGUGGAAUGCCAGCCCUGGGCCUCCCCAAGUGGGGCCUGCUGGGGGGCACCUGAGAUGGGGGUUGGAAGGAUAAGUUUGGGUAAGUGCAACCUCCCUGUAAUAUCUUCUUGUUGGUGGAAAUACACAUGUGAGAGCUUAAAAGUCUGUCUUCCUGGUCUAUCCCAGCAGCCCCUGGGUGGUUUGUAGCUAUUUAAGAGCAAAUAGAACCAAGGUUGUUGGUUGUCUAGGACCAAGCUUGUUUGUUGCGUGGGCUGAACAUGGCUGCCUUGGGCCUGUAUCAUGAAUUCCUUGUUGCCUGGUGCUGAGAGGAAGCUAUGGGUGGUAUCUGGCCUGGGGGUGCCACCCAACGUGUUUACCACCUGCAGGAAGAGGAGGAUGGAGCAUGGAGUGAUUCUGCCCCAGGCCACAAAGACCCCAAUUACCCACUGACCUCAGCACAUACCCUGUUAUGUGGGAAAGAGCAGAACCCUGGGAGAGGCUGACACAUGGAAAUGUGCCUCUUUGGCCUUGGGGGAGAGAGAGAGAGAUUGAGUCCUGCAGGGACAGGCCUUGCUCAGCCUUUCUAAGCUAGAACAUGGCUGCAGAGCUCCCUGGAGUGAACUGUGCUGCACCUCUGGCUGAGCAAUAAUCUCCAUGCCACUUGCAGCCUGGAAUGGCUAAUCUGCAUUGCACCACUGUAGCCGGGACCCAGCCCUGUGGGGGAAGCAUGGGAUUGCCCAAGCCAUGGUCCCUGGGCUACAGUCAUUUCCCCAGGUCAGGGUGUUGGAGGCACUAGGCUGCCACGGGGUGGCCACUAGACCUGGAAGUCAGUAACUCAAUCCUUAAAAAGUGAUGCAACUGUGAGGAUAUGAAUAAAACCAACGGUGGUGAGCUACUUGCAUGGCCUCUGGCUAAUGAUGCCAGGUGGGCCUGCUCAGAUACGCUAGGGAGAGGAAAAACCCUCUAAGUGAUUUGGGAAGGUGCCUGUAUGCUGCCUCCAGGACCCACUGAAUUAGAUACAAAGGUGCCCUGCUGCCCUCUGGGGGAAGAAGGCACAAACCACCACCCCUCACUGCCAGGAACAGUUGGCUCUUAAUGCCCCUGGCCCAGCCUGCAGUGGAAACACUCCAUCCUUUGCCCCUGUGAAGGGCAAAGCUCUAGCACCUGCAGCUGUUGCCAUGUUCCAAUAAAUGCCUCUGGAAAUCGUG